AUGCCUCCUCAUACGUUCCAGGCGGCGGUGCACGACGGGAGUUGCAGUCCUUGCCUCAGUUAGCGUUUUCCUCCCUUCCUUCCGCUCCCCAGCCUUGGAAACCCCGUGCGCGGCCGAGCGGGUUCUCUUUCCGGCGUCCGCCAUUCCGGGAGCGGGUCGUUGGUGAGUGGUUGCUCUGUGCGGGGCCUGCUUCUCCGUUUCCCUCAGCCUUCCUUCGCCUCAUUUCUCGCUCUCGUUGCUUCCUCAGGUCCGACGGCCGCCGCCAUGCAGAUCUUCGUGAAAACCCUGACGGGGAAAACCAUCACCCUCGAGGUGAGGGAGGGAAGAAAGAAAGCAUAUGAGGGGUUCAGAGCUGAUCCGCUGAUCCUCGGGCCUCUGGCUCUUCGCCUCGUGUCCCCAGAGUUGGGCUUCCAGGCCUUUCUUCCCCCUCCCCGUAGUUUGUGGCCUAGAGGGAAAUGGCGGAUUUUGCGCAGUUCCAUUCCGCCCCCUGCUCCCUCCCAAAAAAAAAGGGGGGGGGAGAGAAAGCCUGUGGCUCAUAGAAUCACAAAAUCGUAGAGUGCAUAGCUGUCAACUUUUCCCUUUUUUAAAGGGAAAUUCCCUUACUCCGAAUAGGAUUCCUCGCAAGAAAAGGGAAAAGUGGACAGCUAUGGUAGAGUGGGAAUGGGGGAGGACCCCUGGGGGUCAUCUAGUCCAACCCCCUGCAAUGCAGGAAUCUCAACUACCACCCAGCCUCCGCUUAAAAACCUCCAAGGAAGGAAGGAGAGCUCACCACCUCCCGAGCAGAAAGGUCUUAACUGAUGUUGGGUCGGAAUCUCCUUUCUUGAAUCCAUUGAUUUGGAUCCUUAGACCAAGCUGAUAUAUUUGUGUGUGUGUAUGAGUGAAUGAUAUAAUUAUGAAGAUGGCUAUCCCAUCUCUUUUCUGUGCUCAAAGGCCUUGUAACCAAUCCACCCGUUUUUGCGUUAACCAAAGACCACAACAGUUCCAUCACAGCUUGAUGCUGCCCAGCAACAUCCAGUAUUUAGAGGCAUGCUGCUUCUGAUUGUGCAGUUGGUGUGUGGGCACGGCGACUAGUAGCCAUUGAUAGCCCUUGUUUUUCAUGUCUUUGUUUAAUCUGCUUUUAAAGCUGCCUAAAUUGGUGGCCAUCGCUGCCACCGGGUAUAGGGCGGUAUAUAAAUUCAAUAAUAAGUUGAAUGCACUUUUUUAUCUCCUCCCUUGCCCCCAUCCCAUGUCCCCACAAUAAAGAUAGGUGUUUUUAUAUCUGAACAAAGAACCCAGCCAGCAAUAAUAUAACCGCCUUCUUUGCCUCUACCACUUGCUGUUGCUGAAAGGAAAGGUUUGAGAAGGAGAUGUGCAUUCUUUCCAUUCUAGCCUGGUGAUGGCAAGGGAGACAGCUGACAAGCCAAGCAUCAACAUUUUCCUACCAUUUUAUCUCUGUGCUGUGAAAAACUUUGUCUCCUGUAUGUUAAAACUGCUGUUAAAAGUACAGGAGCAGGAUUGGUGUUUGUAUGUUGCUACAGAAAAUAUGACAAGAACUCAGUGUUUGGUCUGUUAACCAACAUUAUCUUGUCCAAGGCUGUGUGUGUAUUUUAAGAAUUGCUAGUUUAAACAAAGUUACUGAGCUAAUAUACAUGUACUGUUCUAAUACCUGGAUGGGAGCAGUAAUGAAUUUAUAACUAUUUUAAGUCUGUAAAGCAAUUCAAUGGUGACUUAUUUUUAUAAACAGGUUGAACCGUCUGAUACCAUAGAAAAUGUCAAAGCCAAGAUUCAGGAUAAGGAAGGUAGGUGUUGCUUUUGUUUUGGAACUUGUGGUUUAAAAAUUAUUCUACUAUGGAGUAAAGCUUCCUUGCUAGAAUUCUCUGUUUACCCGUACCGUUCUUUUCCAUCAAAUUUGGUCUUCAAGGAGGUCAUAGAAUGGUGCUUGCAGAGUCAAUUCAGUAUGCUGCAGCAAACAGGAUACAGUUAAGAAUGAUGCCUUCUUUAUUUAAAAAUAAAAUAAAAGCUAGCAAGUAUAAUUGGGGUACAUGUAGAAUGAGGCUUAUUUUGCUUUCCCCAAAAGGAUAAUAAAUAGAUGGAAACAAACUUAAAAAAAUAAAUGCCUAAGUAUCUAGUCUAGAACAAAAAGGUGUUUAUUGACACAAUCGGAAACUAAAUAAUGUGUCUUAACAUGAAUGACAUGGCAUGAAUACAUUGAGAGAAAGGCAUGUUAGACUGGUUUUAAUAUAUUGUAAAUUGCCCUGGUAUUUCCUAGAGCUAAAAGGCCAUUUUAAAAUGUUCUUAUAAAAACUGAAUCAGUUGCUCAUACUCCACCAUUUUUCCUCUAUUAGGAAUUCCUCCUGAUCAACAGCGAUUGAUUUUUGCUGGGAAACAAUUGGAAGAUGGGCGCACUCUGUCUGAUUACAACAUUCAAAAGGUAUGUACUAAGUGUUCUAAUACAGUGGGUGGAAUUUACUGUUACUCUAUUACAAACGUUCUGUCUGCACAAACAUUUCAUCUUGCUAGGCGGAAUGUUGCUCCCUCCACCCGGCCUGUUCUGGGGGUUCUCCCGAUCCCAGUCAGUUUCAGUGGGGGGAGCCCCAUUGUGGAACCCCAUGUACUUGCUAAACCAUAAAAUGCAAGAGCAUGCUGUAAUCUUGUACCAGUAGGAUGAAUCCUUCUGCUUCUAGUAGACAAGAUGACCAGGUGGUAAUAGCAGGUGGACAUUGGUCCCACAUAUUCAUUGUUAAUAGGAUAUAACAGUUGGCUGUGGCCUCUCCUAAAGAUGGAGACUUCAUGAAAAAUGCCGUUUUCCUUUUAGCAUCUAAACCUGUCUGCCUUUAAAGGCACACAGAACCUUAGUAGAAACAAGCUGGAGCUUUAAUUACAUGAAAACAAAGAGCGUAGUGAACUGAAAAUACUGGGCUUUAGCUUAUCCCAAAUAUCAGAAGUUGUGCUGACCUGAUCAAAUGUGAGGUGAGCGUAGCAAACUUGGAUUUGAAAAGCACAGUAGGUUGCAUCCAGCAGUGUUGUUCAGCUGACGAUAAGAGUUCUAUCAGCAGAGUGGAGAGGGAUCAAUUUUCUGCCAUCUCUCGUGCGCCCCACAUUCCCAUUGCAGCUACUCUGGAGGGUUGGGGGACCUUCUACAGAUCUAUUCAUACACUGCUUCCCAUCCAAGGAUUACAGAGCAGUUUGUUGGAUCAAUCCAUCAACCUCUGAUGGAUGAUUUAGGAGGAUUGGGUCCUGCAUCACUUUUGCUGCACAUGUGUGCCAGUAUCCAUACUCUGCAGAGUUACAUCUCAACACAGCUUCUUCCUUGGAAGCAUCUUUGGGGUUGAAGGGUACACACAGUAGGCAAUAAAACACUCAUGGACACCAUAAAGAUUCAGUCGAGUGUAGAAGUUUACUUGACAGGCAUAAAUGCAUAUUGGUAGCAAAUAUAUACAGACAUUCACCACUGCCGUGGUCAAGGCAUGCUUAGAGUCCAGCAAGACUCUCUCUGCUUCUCUCACCGCAAGGCGCAAGCAAGAGACUCACAAGAAGUUACACAGAACCAUUGUUAUCAGCACUUCUUGUCACACUGCGCAUGUCCAAAGAACAGUUUCCAAAGAAAAAGUCCUUGCAUAGACAAAGCAAUCUCAGCCUUCUGCUGCUUCAAACUUCUCUGUUCUUCUCAGUUUCUGUAAUAAAUUAUUCUCACACACACACACAAUAUCCAGCACAGUUCACAGAAUUUGGGUGUGUCUGCAGAGGGCUUCAGGGGGAGUUGCUUCCCAUACAAGCUCUUCUAGUUGCUGUGUGCAACUCUAUUUAAAGCAACCCAAUGACUUCUGUAGUAUUUACCAGUCAUUGAGAUUAUUUCCUGUCUAUUUAGUGCAUCAGCAAAGUGCCAGUUAUGUGCUUUGGUAUUUUAUCCAUUUGCUGCUCUUAUCUCACUCCUCCUUAAAAGAGCACCUGGGAGGUAGGCUGUGCUAAGCAACUUGUCCAGGGCUAUUAAGCUUUGUGGCUGAGCAGAGCACCUAUAUUUUGGUUUCUUGUGUCCAUCCCAGCUCCUAACGGUUGCAUGACUACAGCUGUCAAAAUUUUUGUGUCCUUUUUCGCUUUCUAAAACUAGGAGUCGACCCUUCACCUUGUGCUGAGACUUCGUGGUGGAGCAAAGAAGAGGAAGAAGAAGUCUUACACCACUCCUAAGAAGAAUAAGCAUAAGAGAAAGAAGGUGAAACUCGCUGUCCUUAAGUACUAUAAGGUAAGAGCAACUUCAUGUGGGAAUGGGUCAGCGGUAAUUAAUUGCCUAUGAAGAGCUUGCUGGUUCUUACUAGAUACAGAUUCUUUCUACUGAUGGCUGUUUCUGCAUUUAGUUAGAAAGCCAGCAUGAGCCCAUCUCCUGGUGACAAAUGUAACCUUUAAGUCUGUUUGGAAAUAAUGCAUAAGCACAACUGAUUAAUAGUACUGGUUAGGGCAUUUAGUUAUGCUGAAUUGUUGGGAGGGGCAUCAGUUAUUUUCUUGCAUUUAAUGCUUAAACAACAAAUAUGGUCACUCCGCUUGACUAAAUUUUGUCGGGGUUGAGAGUGUAACCUUAAAUGAUAACUUGGUGAUUCUAAAAAUUGCAAGCAGUGGUAGUCUGGACUGCAUAAGUCAAGCUUCUGUAUUUUUUUUUUCAAGGGAGAUGGAAAAUGCAAUACGAUUUAAAGCCUUUCUUCUUGCAGGUGGAUGAGAAUGGGAAAAUCAGCCGCCUGCGACGCGAGUGUCCCUCCGAGGAAUGUGGGGCUGGAGUAUUCAUGGCUAGCCACUUUGACAGACAUUACUGUGGCAAGUGCUGCUUGACAUACUGCUUCAACAAACCAGAAGACAAGUAAAUGUGUCUAUUGUAAUAAUUAAAAGUUGCUUUGAAUUUUGCUGUGUUUUUUUCUGAGUGUGCAAAGCAGGGGCUCUAACAUGUUUGCUAAAUGGACCAGAGAGGAGGGGAAAGUAGAUAAAUUGAAGACAUGGGGCUACUCAUGAGCAUUGCUGAUAAGAGGAGGAGUUUGGAUUUGAUAUCCCGCUUUAUCACUACCCUAAGGAGACUCAAAACGGCUAACAUUCUCCUUUCCCUUCCUCCCCAACAAACACACUGUGAGGUGAAUGGGGCUGAGAGACUUCAGAGAAGUGUGACUAGCCCAAGGUCACCCAGCAGCUGCAUGUGGAGGAGUGGGGAAGCGAACCCAGUUCACCAGAUUACGAGUCCACGGCUCUUAACCACUACACCACACUGGCUCCUUUGUAAGAAACUUCAGUGAAAGCCCUGUCUCAUAUGUGUUAAAAAUUAAGGCUACUUUAGAGCCAGCCCUUUGUGCAGUUCUUGAUCAGUACAAAUGCUCUUGCUUGCUUUGUUUCAUUGAAUAAUACAAUUGUAGAGUUGGACACUGAGGAUCAUCUAGUCCAACUCCCUGCAAUGCAGGAAUCUCAACUAAAGCAUGCAGCUGGCCUGUAUGGGGAUUGAACUCACGACCUCGGCAUUAUCACCACCACGCUCUGACCAACUGAACUGCCUUGUAACUUACCUGUUUAGUACAAAAUACUUGCUCUGAUCCAAAAAUGAGAUAGUACAAGUUACCUUUUAUCUAUUCCAAAUGGCCCCUUUUUUACAGAAAAUGAGGGCAAUUGUUUCCGUUAUAGUACAUAAGCAGAUACAGCUCUUGCUUUAUUUUGCAUACAUUGCGUGGAAUGCAACAUUGCACUCUUGAAGUCAUUCUCUCUCCAAGUGUUGCAUAUUGGCAGCUGGAACAAUCUAGAGUCACUCUUGGGGGGUGGGGGGAGGACAGAAGUCCUGUUGCAGAACUCUUUACAGAGGGUUACUGCUCAUUGGGCUGGUCAGGUGAAUCCAACAGGGCCUACAGCAGAGAUGGCACAUUUUUUCUUGCUUGCUUUUUUUUGGGGGGGGGGGGUUCUUAUUGCCUAGUUUCCACACCUUGAAGUCAUAAACUU